AUGGCCAAGCGCUCGCUGCUGCUGCUGCUCCUAGCCGUGUGGGUGCUGGCUGGGGAGCUGGGGCUGAGCACGGAGGCCCGGGCGGCACCCUACGGAGUGAAGCUUUGCGGUCGAGAAUUCAUCCGGGCGGUCAUCUUCACCUGCGGGGGCUCCCGAUGGAGACGGACAGACAUCCUGGCCCACGAAGCUACGGACCCAGACUCUGACACAGACAGUGAGCUGGAUGAAGCAGUAGCCUCCAGCGCGUGGCUGGCCCUGACCAAGGACCCCCGGGCUUUCUACGCAGACCGACCCGGCUGGCAGGGAACUCCAGGGGCUCUGCGUGGUGGCCGUGAUGUCCUGGAUGGUCUCUCCAGCAAUUGCUGCAAGUGGGGGUGCAGUAAGAGUGAACUCAGCAGCCUCUGCUAGACCAGUGACUGGGCGGCCAUGGGCCCAGGGGGCAGCUGGGCACCUGUCUCUGGCCCCUCAUGCAUGCAUCCAUCAGGAAGUCAGGGGCGUGCACUUGGAUGUGGUUCCCCCCCCCCCCAAAUGACCCUGACCUUUGACCAGCCACUCUUAAACCUAGGCAAACUUCCCCUACCUGGCCAAAUGGGAACCUCUGACCCUGACCCUGACCCCUGACCUCUCCUUAGGUCGUAUCAUGCCUUUGCCUGGCCUAUACGGUUCCCUGCUGCAGCGGCACCCCUAUUCUACCCAAACCAGCCACAUGGGGACCUUGGCCCAAACUUGUGAUUCUCCCUUGCCCCACCUGUGGCCACUUCCAAAUUAAGCCCCUGCUCCAUUCCAGCCUCUGCUCAUUGCCUUCUCCUGGCCUUCCAGCCCCUCCCCCUCCAAUCCCACGAGCCGGGGUUCUAAAGCUGUGGACCCCAGAAUAAUGGCGGGCCCCCUACACCCAUCCUGGGGUGGGAGGCUCGGUCGGUGGGGGAACGGAUCGGAACCUUC